UUAGUAUCCUGCCCCUUUCCUCUCUUGCGAGCCCAGAAGGUGCCUGCAUGGAGGAGGUACAGAGAACAGCACAACCCGCAGGAAGGGACUCCAGCAGCGACUCCCGCUGCACUUCCGGCUGCGCGAGGGCGCGCAGGGUGGCGGGGGCGCGGAGAGCGCGCGCCCGGAGCCCUGGGUCGGAAGGAGACCGCGAAGAGCAGGCUGGGACUAUGGCCGCGCCCGGCGUGCUACUGGUGAUGGGCGUCAGCGGCUCGGGAAAAUCAACAGUGGGUGCCCAGCUGGCCUCUGAGCUAGGAUGGAAAUUUUAUGAUGCAGAUGACUAUCACCCGGAGGAAAAUCGCAGGAAGAUGGGAAGAGGGAUACCGCUGAAUGACCAGGACAGGAUUCCAUGGCUCUGCAACUUGCAUGACAUUUUACUAAGAGAUGUAUCCUCAGGGCAGCACGUGGUUUUAGCUUGUUCAGCCCUGAAGAAGAUAUAUAGAGACAUCCUGCUACGAGGAAAGGAUAGUGCACCUCUGUGCCAUGGGGAAGCAGGAAAGGAAGAGCUGGCUGAGAUGCCGCUUUUGGUGAUCCAUCUGAGCGGGUCGUUUGAGGUCAUCUCUGGACGCUUACUCCAAAGGAAAGGACAUUUUAUGCCCCCUGAGCUAUUGCAGUCACAGUUUGAUACUCUGGAGCCCCCAUCAGCUCCAGAAAACUUCAUCCAAAUCAGUGUGGACAAAAAGCUUCCAGAGAUCAUUGCUACAGUCAUGGAAACUCUGCAGAUGAAAUGAGAAUUGUUUCAUAUCUGUGGUCCAAACUGAAUCAGAAGUUUAUUCCAGUCUCCUUGUCCAUUCUGUAUUCUAAAUCCUUCAAGUAAACAAACUGCAGCAUGUUCAGGUAGACUUGUUUGCUUUUAUUUUAAGUAGUUCAUGAUGUCCUUGGCAUCAUGUGCUGGUAAGUCAGGAGAAAAGGGAAGCAAGCGGCUUGGAAAGUUAAGCUUAAAUUGAAAUUUAAAUCCAUCUGGGAUGCAGUCAGAUAAUCACAGAUACUUCUGUAGCCAAUUCUAGAAAUUACCUUUUUAAAGGACAUUCUCACUCAUAUCUGUAUUUAUCCAAAUAAAUGACAUCCCAUGGAAAUCGGUCUCCAGAGCAGAAACCUAUUCACAAUUAGUCACCCACCAGUAAGUCACUUCACCCAGCACACGGCCUAAUCCUUGUCUUUACGCAGUGGCUCUUAAGCUGAGGUGUCAAAAGGCAAAGGUUCUGCCAGGUUUGUUCAAUUCUUCAAACAGCCUAAUCAAAUAUAUUUACCAGCAGCAAGAGCAAGUUUCUUGCCUUUUGGCUAAAAUUAUGUCAUCUCUAAAGUAGUGACUGUCUUUGCUGAGCAGCUAGCCAUACGUCAUAUCUAUGUGUAUUGUUUAAACAUAACUGCUACUUAAAAGGUAACAUUUGGUCAAAAUCUUCUAUGGCAGUAAAAGAUCAUUUUGG